AUGUCGAUCGAAAUCGUCCCGCUCGUCGAGGCCGACAUCCCCGGCGCUGUAGACUGUGUGCAGAGAUCCUUCGCAGACGACCCUUACUUCCGCUGGGUAUUCAAUCUGUCCAAGUUCAAUAUUGAGCGAAACUCAGCCUCUGUCGCGGCUCAUUUCCAGUAUGGAAUCAACUGCAAGUGUCCUGCCUCGGUGGCCAAAGUCACCCGUGCAGCAAGCGACCGAAAGACCGACCGCGACAUGAUGCUUGCUCCGGGCACGAUCGUUGGUGUGGCCUGGUGGUACCCACCGCAGCCGCUCUCCCAGCCCCAGACCUGGACGGUGUGGGCGCAGGAUUGGCUUCUCUCGUUCAAGCAGCUCAUGAACAACAUUCGCUUCCUUGGCCGGGGCGGUCUGGAUGUGAACCGAUACUGGAUCUGGAAACGGCUCCAAGGCGUUGCGCACGACACCUUGUGGGUGGAUCCACGGGGGUACUAUUUCUGCAACCUCCUCUGUGUGAGCUCCGCUGUUCGAGGCAUGGGGAUUGGGAAGAGACUCAUGCAAGAGAUCAUGGACAAGGCUGACCAGGAGGGGAUGCCCUGUUACCUUGAGAGCUCCAAGGGUUACCCCAAUGUGGCCAUAUAUGAGAAAAUGGGCUUCGAGCUUAUUGACAAGAUUGAAUGUGCCGAGGCGGAGAUACUUGCACUGUAA